CUCAAUGUUUAGUCUUCGCGGCCGGCUAGAGGACCUAGGCUCAGUGCUAAAGGCGCCGUCCUAGAAGCAGGAGCUCAAAAGCAGGAGCAGGAGCAGGAGCAGAAUCCGUGCCUCGGACUCUGCAGCCUAACCGCGCCUGGGGACACCUGGAGCAGAUUAACCUUCCCUGCUUGAAGCCCCUGGAGCUGCCCCACGGGAGGCGACGGCGGGCCCAGAACCAGGCGGCCGAAGAUUGGGGACCAGGCGAGCUCCAGCUUUCCAAGCCAGACUUCUAAGACAGCGGCGGCGCGGAACCCCGACCCAGACAACAUGCCCAUUGCCAGAAUGCGCAUGAGACCCUGGCUAGAGAUGCAGAUUAAUUCCAACCAAAUCCCAGGCCUGACCUGGAUUAACAAGGAAGAGAUGACCUUCCAGAUCCCAUGGAAACAUGCAGCAAAGCAUGGCUGGGACAUCAACAAGGAUGCUUGUCUUUUUCGGAGCUGGGCCAUUCACACAGGCCGAUACAAAGCUGGGGAGAGGGAGCCAGACCCUAAGACAUGGAAGGCCAAUUUCCGUUGUGCCAUGAACUCCCUCCCUGACAUAGAGGAAGUGAAGGACCAAAGCAGGAACAAGGGCAGCUCAGCUGUGAGAGUGUACCGGAUGCUCCCACCUCUAACUAAGACCCAGAGGAAAGAGAGAAAAUCCAAGUCAUCCAAAGAGUCUAGAAGCAAGAGCAAGAGAAAGUCCUAUGCAGAAUCCAGCUCUGACACCCAGUCAGAUGGGCUUAGCAGCUUGACUCUCCCCGAUGACCACAGUGGAUACACAGCUCAGAUUUAUCCUGAGCAGGACAUGGAGGUGGAAAGCUCCUCUGUCUCUUUGGAUCUCUCCUCCUGUGAUGUCAGCAGCACCCUCCCUGACUGGCAGGUCCCAAUGGAUAUCAUCCCUGACAGCACCAAUGACGUGUACCCCUUCCAGGUGUCGCCCAUGCCUUCAAGCUCUGAUGCAACGGAUGAGGAGGAAGAAGAAAAAAUACCUGAGGACAUCAUCAAGCUAAUAGAACAGUCAGACUGGCAGCCGACUGAUAUCGACGGUAAAGGGUAUCUGCUUAAUGAACUAGGCACCCAGCCCAUCUACAGUAACUUCAACUUGAAGGAAGAAGAGAGUGACAUGGAUGGUUCAGGAGAGGUCAUUGAGUUGAAUUUACAUCGAGCUUUCACAGAAUUGAGGACCCUGGAUGCAAGUUGGAUGGACAACCUGCUGACACCAGUUAGACAACCCAACAUCCAGGCUAUUUCUUGUGGACAGUAACCAUGUCCUCUGCCCUCCGGGAGCCCACAGGGCAGGGUUUUGGUAGCUGAUGAAGACAGACAUUUUACUGCAGAGCUCCAAGAAACUUAGAGUCAGAAGGGGGCUGGACCUGCCUCCUAAGAAGACUGAAAUCUGGAUUUCAAAGCAUGUCAGAAAGACAAUGAAGGCAGGGGCUGCAACUCCAUUCCUAGUCCUUAGUUUCCCAUUUCAUAAGCUCCCAACUGCUAUAUUCUGGGCUGCCCCCAGAUAUGGCGGCUGUGAGGUCUGGGCAAACUUCUCUGGUUUGGUGGAGGGAAGGAAGGAUCGGUUCAGUCAGGCCUCUUGAUGCCCCCAUGCUGGACAAGAGAGUUCAGCAAGAACCACUGGGGACAGUCAUUUGCACUAAAAAUGACCCUAUUUCAUAAUCAUUUGCACUAAAUGAGCCCUUUCCCCUAAAGACCGUUGGGCUGGCGUGUAAAUGUUUUAAGGCCAGUGAAAUGUGAAGGAAAAAGAAUCACAUACAAUCUUCCUUCCUCCAGACUUUGUGUUAGGAAGGAAGCCGUCUCCUGAAUCCAAGUUCCCAUUGGCUGUGAAUAGUUUUUCCCUCACAGAGCUGUGUACACACUAUUUUUUCCCCAAAAUCUAGUGACCAUCUGCAUUUAUUUAUACUGUCUCUUGAGGAAGUGCUGUGUACCCGACAGUGCUUGAGGAGAGAAGCGAAUGUGCCUUGGCUUUAAAGUCUGAAACACCAUCCAUUACUAAGUCAUGUGUGUGAUCCAAUGUACAUAUGUGUAAAUAUGUAAAUUUGUUUUUAUUAAAAAAUGUUUACAGAGGAA